ACGAGGGGGCAGGGCAGUGGCAGGACCCCAGCCCAGUUUCAAACCCAAAGGUUUGGGGUGGCAAUAGAGCUUGGGGAACACAUGAAAACUCUCCUGUGGCUCCUGCUAGUGCCACCUCCCAGACACCCACGGGGAGGCUGCGAACCGCUCAGAAUGGUGCUGCAAGGAUCUGCCAAGUGCCAGGCAGGACAGCUACCGAGGCGGGCAGUGGGGUUUGGCAUCUGUCAUGGACUCACAGAUCGUUCCCACUCGUGGCCCCGUGUGGUCCGUGGGGGGUGCCCAAAUUUGUUAGUCUCUAAGGUGCCACAAGUACUCCUGUUCUCCUUUCAGUGCAACAGCCCUUCUCGGGGGUUCACUCUCUCUCAGGGUCAGGCCCCUCCACCUCCUGGAGCCGCACCUCUCUGAGCCUUAGCACAUCUGUCUCUGCUGUGGGCCCCCUCAGGGAGUCCACUCGCUCUGGACCCCUGGGGCCUCCACCCCCGAAGGGGUUGAUGCCACCCUGUUCUCUAGACCGGAGUGACUCUCAGCCAGCAUAAAACAGGAGGGUUUAUUGAGAGUUGAACACAGCACAGGAAACUCUCUCAGGGCCUCAGGCCUGGCCUCCCUCAGCCCAGCACAUCCCAGUCUCUCUGCCUCCAGGUGGGCUCUGCCUGCUCCCCGUCUCCAGCCCAGAGCCCCCCUGCUUCCCAGCUGGGCAUCUGAGCUCCCAAGCCCCAGGCCCCGCCUCUGUCCAUUGUCUUCUCUCCAGGUAAACAGGGUUGUAAACCGGGGCCUCCUCUCCUGCUUCUGUCCUCUGGCUGGAACCAGCUGGUUAGGUCACUGGGUCCUGACUCUGCAGCCCAUUGUCCGCCCACUGGCCAGAACCGGCUGCGUCUCCUCAGCUGGGCCUCCGGGUCACCAGAUCGCCAGGUCACCGGUCGCUGGGGUAUCCAUCCUCCCGGCCAUCGGCUGGGGUCCCAAGUUCCCUCUCCGGUCCUGUAUACCAACAAACUCCCUCUCCCCUCACCUCGUUAAACCAGCAACACCCAGAGAAACUGAGUCCCACCUCUCCGCAUGCAAACCAUUGAAACCCCACCGAAAACAAGAAAAAACAAGAAAAUCCCCCACUUCGUCACAGCAUCCAUGGGGAACAAGCGUGGGGCUGAACUGCCCCGGUCCCUGGCCGACGUGCCCCUGCUCGGCUCUCUCGCCAGGGGAAGGGCGGUCCGCCAGCAGGGACGGGCAGCGAUAACGGUGGGGAUGACGCGCCUGGCAGGGCCGGGUUGGGCAUUGCUGCGCUGUGGUGCAGAAGAGUUCAAUGCCCCUGUGGCUGAGCAGGUGACAUUGGGGACCGGUGCUGUACGGAGGGGCUAGAACCAGCCCAGCUCACUGGAGGAGCUGGGAUUCCUCCGAGAGACGCAGCCCAGGGGGCCCAGCACGCACCCGAGCUCUCCAGGUGGCUGGAGCAGAGAGGGGCCCCCCCGUGUCAGCCGCUGGGGCCCAGGACCCCGAUGCCAUGCCCAGGGAACCACGGGGCUCUGGAGCAGCUGGGGACCAUGCCCCCAGCCCCCAUGGGCACGGCCCACCCAGGACAGGGAACCUGGGCUGUUGCUCCAAGCUAGGCAGGGGAAAUGAUGCGGAGCCUGGCUGAGUGGAGACCUGCUCCGACAGGCCCACAGCUGGAUGGAGAAGUGCAGGGCUCCCAGGGGUUCCUGUGGGGAGGCAGUGCCCGGGGCCAGGGGCAGAACCAGCUCCGUUUCCCAGGAACGGCCACUGACUGAGGAGCCCCCAAUGGGCUCUGUCUCCCACACAGAUCACUGGUGAACCCCGGAGAGCUUCCCCAGACAGGGGGCCCGUGCUGGGCAGCGCCCGGCCAUCCUGGCGGGCCUGGUAGCAAUGCUAGUGACACUCCCUGGCCAUAUCACGCUGUGCAGCCCGGAUUCCCCAGAUCCCUGGCCUGGCCUGGUGGGCAGGGUGGCGGGCCGCCAGGGAGCUGGGCCCAGCCGGACCUGCGACCGGUCAGCGCAGAAAAGCAGCAGGCGCUCGCGGGCUGGCAGAGCUGUCAGGGCAGGGCAGGAGCUGGCACUCGUUGCCGGGUGUAUGUGGCAGAAAUGAAGCUGAAGGGCUGAGCACAGAAACCUGCCUGGCUCUGGGGGUGUCCAGCAUCCCCUCCGCCUGGGCUGGGGACGGGCUGGCGCCCCCAGCGGUCCCUGCUCCAGGCAGCCAGCAGGGGGCAGCGUGAGCCUGGGCUAUGGCUCUGCAGCCCCACUUCUCUGCCCCCUGUGCCCUCCCAGGGACCCCAGCAAGCCCUGGCCAUACGGGGCUCUGAGGAGCCGGCUGGUGGGGGCCUGGCCACAGCCCAGGGUCAGCAAGAGGGGCUGGACCCACAGCGUGUCCUUACUACCCCCACCCCCACUGGGGCAGCCCAGCUCCCCUUCCCACCCUGCCCCCAACACUCCUCCCCAGUGCCCUGCCCACUCCCCGGCUCCGCUGCCGGUGAUCCGGGCGGGAGGAGACGGUGGUGCCAUGGCAAUGUCUGCACAACAGGCCGGAGCCGCGGGGCCUGCAGGUGACUGGGAGCCGGGGCCCGGGGGCACCAGGGACCUUGCCAUGCAGGGGGCUGGCUCUCCCCGCUCCCCAGCAGAGCCUGGGGCCCCUGUGUGCUGAGGGGAGACGGGCGGCCGAGUGCUGGGGUGAGGCGGGGGGUUGGCAGGGCCUGGGGCUGGUGUGGGGCAGGGUGUGGGGAGCCAUGAGUGUGGUGGGGAUGGGGUGGAGCCCAGUGAAGGGGGGCACGAUGGCAAAGGGUUUAGCUCCCCAUCCGGGGGUUUCCUCUGCUCCUUGCCCCUCCCGCUCUGUUCUAGCUGAGUCCCAGUGGCGGGGGCAGCAGGGGUCCGGCCCCAUGGAGGAAGCACCCAGCAGCCAAGCCCCCUGCAAGCAGAGCAACAGCCAGAGGCUGCCGGGGGUCAAGGAGGAGCUCCCGGCCGGCCCCCCGCCCGACUAUCGGCAGCACCUGUACAGCCUUCUGGGCCCUGGAAGAGCCGAAUACUUCCUGAGCCCGCCGGCCCUGGAGCGGUGCAGGACCCCCGGGGAGCAGGGCCUGCUGGAGGCAGUGGGAGGGGCCGGCGCUGAGGAGCUCUGGCGAGUCCUGCAUGAGGAUCCGCAGCGCCAGCGGCAGGCGGCAGAGGCCAGGAUGGGGCGGGCAGUCGCCGAGCAGGUGCCCUGGCUGGGACGUGCUGCUCUCACGCCCAGGAUGCAGCGGGUGGCACGGUGGAGGCGGCAGCUACAUGUGAUGCACCGGCUGGGGGAGCUGCACCAGGACGCAACCAGCCUGCUGCUGGCCAGGGAGCCGCUCGCCGACCUCAACGACAGCCAGGGGGCGCAGGGGCCGGCCCGCUAUCUGCACAGGGCCCUCCAGGGAGGUGUGUGCGGCUGGCGGGGGUGAUGGCAGAGGGCUCUUGGCGGCCGUGGGUGCAUGGGUGGGGCUGGCUUGCUGGUGCAGAGCUUAGCAUUUACUGUCAGGCAACGUAUCCGGUCUGAAGUGCAGCUCCCUGCCGGCGCGGGCACACAUGUACACGUGUGUCUGGGGGUGCCUGCAUGUGCGGGCAUGCACACCUGCAUGUUGUGCAGGGAUACGCGUGUGUCUGGGGGGUGCUGUGCGUGUGUGGGUGUGCACGUAUGCAUGUGAUGCAGGGACACACGUGUGUCUGGGGGGUGCUGGGCGUGUGUGGGCGUGCACAUGUGCAUGUCGUGCAGAGACACGCGUGUGUCUGGGGGGUGCUGUGCGUGUGUGGGCGUGCACAUGUGCAUGUUGUGCAGGGACACGUGUGUGUCUGGGGGGUGCUGUGCGUGUGUGGGCGUGCACAUGUGCAUGUCGUGCAGGGACACGCGUGUGUCUGGGUGCCCAGGGAGUAGGCUUGUCCCCGCGGAGCCUGGCGUGACAUAUCCUUUCCUGUGCUCUAGGUCGGUGAGCAGGGGCCUGCUGGCUGGUGCCCCACAGCCGAUGCCCGAGCCAGCUGUGGGCGAAGCGUGGCCUGGGCCCCAGACUCCUGCUCCUGCCGCACGUUCACCCCAAGCAGAAGCCUGAGUAAAGAACCCUUGUCUGA